AUGAUACAGUUCCUCGUCCUCUGCCUGGCCACGCUCGUCAUAGCAGAAAUUCCAUUCCCUGAGCCUCCAAGCCUGGAGAGCUUUGACUCAGAGCCAGCCCAGAACAUGCCCGAAGUGGAUGUGAAGAUCAUUCCCACCCAUAUUGAUAUCGCGAAAUUGAGAGAGGCUUACGCCAAAGUGAGCGCCGGAGAACGUUUUCUUCCCGGACCAAGUCGUCUUCCAUUCGAAUUCUUUGAGCAACGACGCAAGAGAAAAUAA